CUCGGGACUUCUAAGCGAACAGUUGUUGCUAGCUGCGCCGCAAGCAAAUAACGUGAUUCGGAACCGGAUCAAAUAUCACGCAACGAACGUGAUCAGUGAACGGCUGGAAAAUCACUUGAAAGAUUUUUACGGUUUUUUCGGUUUGCCAUACGGAAGCAGCUGGAGCAGCUAAAUAUUUAUACAAUCCUCAACGUCUAUAUAUAUUUGCAUACGGUUCAGGCAUAUAUAUAAUUUAUUACACAAGCAAAUGCCGCGUAUCUGCUUAAUGUCAGCGCGAAAAAAUUGAAUUUAAUUGUUUGUGACUGCAAAUUUGACAUAAUUCGCGUGUUUGAUUUAUAUCGCCGGGCUCUUCCUCAAGUUGACUCCAAAAACGCGGCUGCUUAUCGCAAAUCAACGCAGUUCAAGAUGACGCAGCUUUGUUGCACAGUGUUGCUGCUGCUGCUGCUGCUGGCUGCGGCGACAACAGGUAGCCACAACAACAACCACAACAACAGCCGCUUGCACAGCCAUCGGCUGCACCGGCAGCGUCAUUCGCACAGUGUCAAGUCGGAGGUGGAGCUGCUGCCGGGCGUGACAAUGCGUCCGGUGCGCGGCACGGACAGCACCCGGCUGCGCCGCCUGCCCCCGUACAACAAGGUGUUGACGCGUCGCCUCCAUCAGCAUCAGUCGGGCCCGGCCCGACCGAGCGAGUGGGAUUACAAUACCUACAAUAUCUAUACGAACACCUUUGGACCGCCGCCGCCGCCGCUGCCGCCGCAUGCCGGCAAGGGUGAGGACAACACCGGCGAUGUGGAGUUCAUCGGCGUCAGCGGUCGCGGUCGCGGCUACGAGUAUGUGCCGCCCAUCAGCACCGCGGCGCCGCCGCCGAAUCUCAAUCGUCGCGCCAUCACGCCCGGCCUCAGCAUGGGCACCGUGCCGCCGCUGGUGCCGGCCCGGCGCGCCUACAGCUAUACGACGACGGCGCCCAGCACCACCACCACCAGCGGAACCACCAGCGGAACCACCAGCAGCAGCAGCACCACCACCGAGGAGCCCUACGAGACCAACACAAUCGGUCGCAAUUAUCCCACAGAUGCCAAGGAGAUGGAGCGGCGACACAUUUGCGUGCAGCAGCGCACGAUCACGAUGCCGGUGAAGACAACGGAGGUGUAUACGCGACCCACCUGGAAGCACGUGAGCGUGCAAUGUCAGCCGCCGACGCAUGUUGGCCAGAUGUGCACCCGGGUGCAGCUGGUGCACGAGCAGGCGUACCGGGAUGUGAUCAAGCAUAAGCCGGCACAGCAGAUGACCUACGAUUGCUGCACGGGCUGGACGAGGGAGACGCAGCGCGCGGAUGCGUGCAUGAAACCCCUUUGCAGCACGCGCUGCCAGAACGGCGGCAACUGCACGGCGCCGCAGCUGUGCAGCUGUCCGGCGGGUUUUAGCGGUCGCUAUUGCGAGCUGGACGUGAACGAGUGCCAGACGGAGAAGCCGUGCGAUCAGCAGUGCGUCAAUACGCACGGCUCCUACUAUUGUCGCUGCCGGCACGGCUUCGUUCUGCAGCCGGAUCAGCAGAGCUGCCGCAAGAUUUCAACCCAUGCGGACGAUGCAUUCGAGGCGCGGGAUCUGGAGAACGACAUCGAUGAUGAUACGGAGGCGGCGGCGGCGGCGGCGGUGGCCACGCGACUGCAGAAGAUCGAACGGUCGCUGGCCAACGAGCGAGUGCACACGAACGAGCUGCAAAAGUCGCUGCAGGCCACCUACAGCGUGGUGGACACCCUGCGGAGCAGGCUCAGCACACUCGAGAAGCAGGCGCUGGAUGUGAAUCGCAUGCAGACGAAUCUCUACAAGACAGAGUCGCGCACCAACAAGCUGGAGAGCAUGCUCAAUUUGCUGAUGAAGUGCCGAAAUGGCCCCAAUGCCGAUUGCCCCUAAUUUACGGCAACACAGAACUGCAUUUGAUUACGCUAGAAAUUAAAUGGUUUAGUUUAAGCUAAAGAAACUUAUCUAUUUCGUUUGUGUAACUGUAGCCCAUCCUGCUUGUAAGCCAUUCCCGAACGCAAGUGCCUCCGUAGUUUAGAAAAGCAUAAAAACAAAAAGAAAGAGUAAAAAAAAAUCAUUUAGUACUUAAGCGCACGUGUCAUAAAUGUAUGUAUUAAAAUCCAAUGCUCUAGUUGUAA